ACUGCACCCAGUGUUGGGCGCGUGCGCAGACUCGGAGUGGGCAGGCUGGACGUCGCAGGAACUACGGCUAGACAUUUUUCGCUUUUAUUCACGUCAGAUUGAUACUCUCAAACCCGGACGUAACCAACGCCUAGUCACCGGUGAGGAACGAUGCAAACCAUAAAGUGUGUGGUGGUUGGAGAUGGAGCUGUUGGAAAGACCUGCCUCCUCAUCUCAUACACAACCAACAAAUUCCCCUCUGAAUAUGUUCCCACAGUUUUUGAUAACUAUGCGGUCACAGUAAUGAUUGGAGGCGAACCGUAUACACUUGGGCUUUUUGACACAGCAGGUCAGGAAGACUACGACAGACUCCGGCCACUCAGCUAUCCGCAGACAGACGUCUUCCUUGUUUGCUUCUCUGUUGUUUCUCCUUCCUCCUUUGAGAAUGUGAAAGAGAAGUGGGUACCAGAAAUCUCUCACCACUGUCCACGCACUCCAUUCCUUCUGGUGGGUACUCAGGUUGACCUGAGGGAUGACAGUAACACUGUGGAAAAACUUGCCAAAAACAAGCAGCGCCCCAUAUCGCCUGAGAGUGGGGAGAAGCUGGCCAAAGACCUCAGAGCUGUCAAAUUCGUGGAGUGCUCCGCUCUCACACAGAGAGGCCUGAAGAAUGUAUUCGACGAGGCGAUACUCGCUGCCCUUGAACCUCCAGAGACCAAACCCAAGAAGCGCUGCGUCCUUUUGUAGGGACACAAGCAGUGGGUGAUGCACUCACUCCAACAAGAGAGGCAGAGAAGAAGAAACAUUCUGGUGGGGUUUUUUUUUUUUUUUUUGGUAGGGCUUGGGGAUUGGAGUGGAGAGAGAGAUAAUUGGGAACAAUUAUGGGAACAAAACAGCAAUACUGGAGGAUUUGGCAACAUAAAUGGUAUUGCAAACAAAUAAAUGCACACUGUGCCUUUCUAAAUGUUUCUAGAACAACAGAAGAAAUUAGAUAACCCUGGAAGCAGUAACACCCCCUACAACAGAGGAUAAUGAUAAAGAAAAUAAGAUAUAGGCGCACUUUAUGCAUGUGAUGUCUUACAGAGCAGCAUAUAGAUCCAAUUUAAUGCUUUAAGUGUCAGUUACAUGAAAUCAAUCCCUAAAAAGUGUGACAGUGGCACAAAUACAUGAGAUUAAAUGCUUCAGGUUUCUGAUUGGCAUCAGAAAUGAUUUUUUGAAAUGCUUUCGCUGGACAAACGCCAGGUUUUUCUCUAACACAUGCUUUGCUGUAAGCCGCACAAGAAUGGUUAGCACACAAUGUCUAGAAACAGCAAAUUUCAUAAAGUGUAAAGCCGAACAUGCUGACUGCUCUGAUGAGUACUUCUGCAGGGCUCAGCAGUUUGCUCUGUAACCUGUGGACAGUGUGUGCAGAGGCUGAUUUCAGCUUUCUUGAAUCUUCUCAAAAUUGCAAUGGGCACAAAAGCGAUUCUUGACAAAUUAGCCUUUUAGUGUUGUUCUGGGUUUCUGUUUUGUUGCGUUUUUGCAAUUUUUAUAGAUGCUUUAUUCGACAACUGUAGGCAGGUUCAGUGCUAUAUGUGGUUCAAAUACUGUUAGAAAUAUGUACUGGACUGGAUCUGGCACAAAAGCAAGCUAACGUGAUUGGUUUGGGCAUAUAAUUAGCUCUAAUCACUGACAGUGGCAUUGAAACAGAACAUAUCCAAAAUAAACAAUAAAAGUUUUAGAUAUUUUCAAAUUUUUAAAGUUGGUUCAGAGUGUUAUGGUCAUAGAAUCACUCUAUGGCCACAUCCCCUCCUGAGUGACCUGUGUUAUAUGGUUUUAUAAGAGAGUUUUGGACUUGUGUGGGAGCCAAUGGAUUUCAGUUCACAAGCAUUUGUUUUUUCCUUUAUGAGCCAGACAGUUCUUUUCUUCUGUGGUUCAUGCUCCUAGAAUCAAGGCAGUGCCUUCUGCUGGCCGUUUGGAAAUCUUUUUUUUCUCUUUUUUUGGACUGAGCAUGAUGUAUUAAAUGUGUUACUGUUAUUCUCUUGGGUGAAUGAAUUUAGUGGUGUCAUUUUGAAACUUGAGCUUUUUUUUUUUUAAUGACUAUUUUAUUAUUAUUAUUUUAUUAUUGUUAUUUUUUGCUAGAGUACCAUUUGAUUGUGAUUUUAAUAAUAAAAUAACAAUUUGAAAUGUAAUAUUUUGGAUAACCGAUCUUAACAGUCGUGUGAGUAUAAAGGAUGAGUAUAACCGAUGAUGAUGGUUUGAAACGUGGCCUUUUCAUAGUAAAGUUCUGCAGGGUUUGGAAUCUCACUAUAUUUGUAAUAAAAAUGGUGCGACUGACA